CAGUUUAACGUAACACAAAAGCACAUUUAUUUCGGCCAAGGUAGCAAAUGAAUAAGAGACGAAUUAAACGAUGCGGGAAGGGAGACACAGAAGGUUAGUUAAACUUCCAUUGCACACUUUGGGGAAAGCGAGCGCUUGCAUUUUACACAUGCGCAUUAGCGCGCGCGCAAUUGACAGGUGCGCACCUGAGGGGGCUUUAGCGGCGUUAAACUGAUUUAACGUGUUGCUUUGAGGUGGGCGCAAUUUUUUUUUUGUUCAGUUCUGUGGUGGAACAAUUGGGAAUUGAAGACACCAGACCUGUCAUUUAAAACCCGAGGCUUAGUUAAUCAUUCGUUACAGCCCAAAGAAGGCAAUGUUGACCAGACCCCUCCUAAUUUGCUGCUGCUGCCUUCUGCUUAUUAAUGGAGUCUAUUCAGCGGAUGAGAUUGGCAUGGAGUUUGCUGCAGUUUUCCCACAAAACAAUGGCCCAAGUUCCUUUUUUUUGCUUGAGCUGCUGAUCACUUCCUACUCUCCGGCAACCACAUUGAAAGUCCUGAUCUACAAUUCCUCCUUUCUAAAACAGUUCUCCCUUGGUGCAGGUCAAAGAGUAAAUGUGUCUCUGCCUCCCGAAGUAGAAAUCCAAGGCAGCAUCAAUUCCACCAAAACAAUUUUGGUUCAGGCUUCAAAAGCCGUUUCUGUUUUAGCUGUAAGCUGCAAGUCAAAAGUGUGUGGCACUACAGUCUUGUACCCUUUAGAAUCUUGGGGUAACGAUUACUAUGCUGUCACACCUGAUCUGCCUCAAAAGCAUGCUUAUUACAUGAUAGUGAUUACAAACCAUGAGUAUAAUAAUUUUGUAGAGGUCUUCCUGAGUGGCACAGUUAUGUACAUGGGCAUUGAGUACAUGAAAGAGACAACACUUAGUUUAAAUCUUAGUGUUUUUGAAAGUGUGCAACUGCAGGGCUCUCAAACCCUGUCGUCUUCCACGGUUCGCUCUAGGAAAGCCAUAAGUGUUAUGAGCGGCUUUACCUGUACUCCUGAGGAAAGUCAGAGCUGUAGCUAUGGUUUUGUGCAGCUCCUUCCUGCCUCUAGCUGGGGCGUUUCCUUUGUUGUUCCACCAUUACCCUCCACAUCAGACGCUGAUGUUGUGUAUGUGCUUUCCUUCGAGACAACACAAGUCAAUGUCCAGUAUAACACUGCUCAGUAUUUAAAAGAUAUUCUUCCUGGCAAUAUAGUGCAAUUUCAGGUGGAACCUUCAAGUCCUAUUUACAUCACUGCUAGUAAAGGUAUACAGGUGGUCUACUUUUGUGCAGGUACCAGCUCAGAUGUUAAGCCCGUGAUUAUGCCAUUUAUUCUUAGUAUUUUACCCACUAGUAAGUAUUGUUUUAAUUACAGCUUUGUUACUGAGUUCUCCUUUGAAACUAAGGCAGUAAUAGUUGCUAAAGGAUAUUCUGGAAUCAUCUUGCUGCUGGAUGGAAAAAGCAUUCCUUCUUCUACAGAGUGGGGGCCCAUCAAAGAAACCGAUUUUUCCUGGGGAUUGUUGCCAAUAACUGAUUCAGGGGACCACAGCCUGCGUCAGCUGGAUGGUGCAUUUGGCCUUUAUGUUGUUGGAACAUCUGACGACAGUUCCUAUGCAUACCCUGCAAUUUGCACAGGACCGGUUGUCAAUCCCUGCCAGGUGGUACGGUGUGGCUAUAACAGUCACUGUGAAAUCCAUAAUAAUGAAGCCACCUGUGUGUCCGAUUCAAAGAUUUGCUGGUCUUCAUACCCUCAUUACCAGACUUUUGAUAUGACGACCUUUGACUUUUAUGGAACCUGCACCUAUACUCUGGCUCAGACAUCAUGUGUUAACUCCCAUUCUCCAAGAUCAUUCACUGUUGAGGCUGCCUAUGAAAAUUUAGGGAAAUCUUCAUUUUUGGCGACAGUCUAUACUGUAGUGCUUGGGGUGAAUAUUACCAUAUUGAAGGACCAAUCGAAUUUUGUAAUGGUUAAUGACGUUAUAACAUAUGUGCCCUUCAGUCUUCUUAGUGAUCAGAUUAAAACAUACUGGAGUGGUGAUUCUGUUGUCAUAGAAACGGACUUUGGCCUGCUUGUUCAAUAUGAUUUGAAGAACCAUGUGACAAUAAAUCUGGCCCAGACCUUUUCAGAAAGAGUUUGUGGUCUGUGUGGUAAUUACAACAACAACCCCGAGGAUGACUUUCAAAUGCCAAAUGGCACAAAUGUGAAAGAUUUUACAGAUUUUGGGAAAAGCUGGAAAGUAUGGAAUCAGAGCUUCAACUGUGUGGAUGACUGUGGUCAGUCCUGCCCAAAAUGCAGCAAUGAGUUUGCCAGGAAUUAUUCGGAUGUCUCUUAUUGUGGCAUACUAAUGCAAGCGGAUGGACCUUUCAGAGACUGCCAGUCCUUGAUUGACCCAGAGAUUCACUUACAAAACUGCAUCUCUGACAUGUGUGCUUCUAAUGGUAACCAAAGCGUCCUCUGCCAGGCCCUAAAAUUGUAUUCUGAUUCUUGUCAAAGAGCUGGCUUCACAGUUUAUGACUGGAGAGGGCCUACACAAUGUGCUCUAAUGUGUACAGCAAACAGUCAAUACAAACUGUGUGGAUCUGCAUGCCCAGGAACUUGUAGUGAUCCUACAGCCCCAGCUACUUGCCAGUCUCCUUGUAUUGAAUCCUGUCAAUGUAACGAUGGUUUUCUGAGAAUUGGCAACAACUGUGAUUCACUUAAGAGCUGCGGGUGCACCUAUCAAAAUUUCUACUUUCCUCCAAAUGAAAAAUUCUGGGCUAGUGAGAACUGCUCACAACGUUGUAAUUGUGAUCCCUCCACAAGAGAUGUAACCUGCCAACAGGCUUCAUGUAAGCCUACUGAGAAAUGUCAGAUUGUUAAUGGAAUACGUGACUGCUAUCCUCUGAAUUUCAAAACCUGUGUAGCUGAAGGAGAUCCGCACUAUACAACCUUUGAUGGAUACCGAUACAACUUCCAGGGCACAUGUAUGUACCAGUUAGCUGGAGUUUGCUCUAAUGACUCGAGAAUCUCUAUGUUUGAUGUGCAAGUACAGAAUGCGAAUCGGGGCACUAGUGUGGCAUCUUAUUCAAGGAUUGUUCAACUUAACACUUAUGGAAUCUCCAUUGAAAUUAGCAAAAGUCACAGUGGUAAAAUCAUGGUAGGUUCUUACUUUUCUUUUUUUCCCAGCACUGAAAAAACAUAAAACAUUGUUUUCUAAAGCAUUUUUUUCCUUAACAGGUAAAUGGAAUACAAACUA